AUGGACCAAUCUCAAGAAGCUUGGAUCAAGUCGCCGCUGCCCUUCCUUCACCAGCUGCAAGAGCUGAAACACCUUCCAAGAACAGGCUGGUUACGUUUUGUGAAGGAUUGCGAGACAGUUGCAAGCCAUAGCUGGCGGCUGGCUUUGCUGGGUCUCUUUGCGCCGGCACCAUUGGAUAAACAGCGAUGCAUGUUCAUUGGUCUAGUGCACGAUGUCGCCGAAUCAUAUGCUGGCGAUAUACCUACCUUUGCUGGCUUUUCGAAGGACAGGAAGCAACAACUGGAGCGCACGGGUUUCAAAUGGAUCGAGAGUCUCGUCCGGCCAGGUUACCCGGUCUUGGCCCAAGAAGUAGUCGACGCUUGGCUGGAUUAUGAAGAGGGAAGGACCAACGAAGGGCGGUGGAUGAAGCAAAUGGACAAGUUAGAAUGUCUGAUACAGGCAAAGGAAUAUGAAGAACGAACAUACGGCGAAGCCGGCGGUCUGGGCGAGUUCCAAGGUCUCUCCAAUCUCGUCCGAGACCCCAUAGCUAAAGCUUGGGCGGAUUUGCUCAACAAGGAGAGAAACCUACAUCUUGAAAGGCGGGGUAGUCGCUUGCCUAUUAUAUUUAUCACUGGAGAUGAGGCGUGGGCCCGAAAGCUUUGCACCCUAAAGGCCCAGGAUGGGAGCUAUCAGCAUACAGUCUUGGCCAGUGUUUUGGCUCAGCGGGCCGAAGAUCCAUCUUUCGUUCACAAGGACUUCCUUAAGUACUGUUUGACGCAGGGUUUCGACGUUCCUAAGGCGCUUGUUGUGGAAACACUAGGAGAACAUAUCAGACGGUCUGCUGACGCGGGUCCCCGGUGGAUUCUACUUCAGGGCUUUCCCAAAACGCUGAGCGAGUUAGUCGAGUUCGAGAGAAAGGUCCAAAAGCAGAACUUCUGUAUCAACAUCCUCACGCCAGAUGUUUCCAAUCCCGACGAUUCUACCGAUACCCCUGUUUGGCAGGCUGAAGUUGAUCCGACCGUGCACCUGAAAUCAUCACAGAAUUGUUAUGAAGAGGCUUAG